GACAUCCCCACCCCCUCCGCGGCGUCACGUGGGUCCGACCCGGUCACGUGGCGGGGUCGGAGGUCAGGGCCGGGAAGAUGGCGGAGGUCCUGCAGCGAAAAUUGCAGACGGAGCUGGAGAAAUACCAGGGGGUGCAGAAGGAGCUGAGCCGGUGCCUGUCGGCACGUCAGAAGCUGGAGACGCAACUGACAGAGAAUACCAUUGUGCAGGAGGAGUUGGACCUGUUGGAAGCAGAGAACCGUGUCUACAAGCUGAUGGGCCCUGUGUUGGUGAAGCAGGAUCUAGAGGAGGCAAAGUCCACAGUUGCCAAACGGCUUCACUACAUCACCGGAGAGAUAAAGCGCUACGAGGGACAGAUGAAGGAGAUGGAACGGAAAUCGGAACAGCAUCGGGAGACGCUCGGCAAACUGCAGCAGGACUUCCAGAGGGCCCAGGGGAAGGCACCUGCCCGCGACUGAGUGUGUGUCCCUCAUUCACCCUUCCCCACCCACUCUCCCCUUUCCUGUCCCCUGGCCCGACAGUGACUGAGUCUGCUCGGCGCAAUACUCUUCGGCUGACCUGUGGAUGAGGGGGUGUCAGUGUACUGAAUCUCUGUGCCCGUAAACGUACCACACCCCCCAAUCCCUGUACGUCAUCGGGGGACUGUCAUUGUGUGAGCACAUCCUUCCAUCCAUCUUGCUUAUCCCACUCCCACCCCUCCCCUUGCCUCCCAGCCUUUCCUCCAUCCCCUCUCCCCCUGUGAGUGACUGAGGGGCUAGGGGCACUCAGUGUGUGAUCACCCAGCCCGUCUGAGGGAAGGUUCUCACCCCAGUCACUAGGGUUGGGCUGGAGGGCAGAUCCCCUUCUCUUCCCAGCACUGUGUCCCUCAUGCUGUGACCGCCCUGCCAUCCCAUCCGUCCAUCCAUGGGCUCCUAUUGCCCAGAGGAUGGGUCUGGAUUGUCCACUGGGUGUUGGGGUUCACAGUGAGCUCGCUGUGAGCUGCCCAGGUCCGUGGCUGCUGGUCACUAGGUUUCCCGGGUCCAUGGCUGCUGGGAUCCCAACACCGAGCCUCCCACAAUGUGAGUUGUGUCACCCAUGAUCUGUGGGUGUUGGGUGGCUGGACUCCCGCUCUGGGUCGACCAGGGCCUGUGGGUGGGGCCAGAUCGCCUGGUCAGAUGGUCAGCGGGUGCCGAGUGUUGAAUGCCAGCACAUCCCUGGGCAAUAAAGUGUUUGUGUUCUUACUGCUGA